AUGAUUUCUAGAUCAAUCAGAUUAAGGGCUAACAAGCAAUUAUUACAACGUACCAAGGUAGAAUUGAAAAAUUUCAAGUCUACCAUCAGCUUGACUAGUACCGCUACGGAUUACCCCACAAAUCACUAUGACGCGAAGGAGCCAUAUUUGACGCCAACCUUUAUUAAUAAUAAAUUUAUCAAGUCAGAUUCACAAACAUGGUUUGACAUUCACGAUCCUGCAACAAACAAGGUGAUCCUGAAGGUUCCACAGUCUACAAGUGAGGAAUUAGAGGAAGCAAUCGCAUCUGCACAAUCGGCGUUUGAAGAAUGGAAGGACUAUUCCAUUAUCAAGAGACAGUCGAUUGCAUUUCGGUUUGUUGAGUUGUUGAAGAAGAACCAGAAGAGAAUUGCAGCUAUUAUUGUAUCGGAGCAAGGAAAAACGUUCCCAGACGCCAUGGGAGAUGUUUUGAGAGGAUUGCAGGUGGCUGAAGCCGCCUGUAAUAUUCCCAACGAUAUGAUGGCUCUGUCAUUGGAAGUUGCCAAAGAUAUGGAAACAAAGAUGGUGAGAGAGCCACUAGGAGUUGUUGGAUCGAUUUGUCCAUUCAAUUUCCCUGCAAUGGUCCCUUUGUGGUCAUUACCAUUGGUAUUGGUCACCGGAAACACCGCUGUCAUCAAGCCAUCUGAAAGAGUCCCAGGAGCAGCAAUGAUCUUGGCCGAGUUAUGCGCGGAGGCAGGCGUUCCUCCUGGAGUUGUCAACAUGGUCCACGGUAAGCAUGAUACAGUAAACAAGAUCAUCGAAGACCCUAGAAUUAAAGCCAUCACAUUUGUUGGUGGAGAUAAGGCUGGUAAAUAUAUACAUGAGAAGGGUACCAAGUUAGGAAAGAGAGUUCAGGCCAACUUAGGAGCAAAGAAUCAUUUGAUUGUGUUGCCAGAUGCAGACAAGAAUCAAUUCGUCAAUGCUGUAAGCGGAGCAUCGUUUGGUGCUGCGGGCCAAAGAUGCAUGGCAAUCUCAGUUUUAGUUACUGUCGGCAAGGAAACAGCUGCAUGGGUAGAAGAUGUGGCCAGAGAUGCUGCUAAAUUAAAGGUUGGAAGUGGGUUUGAUUCUACUUCAGAUUUGGGUCCAUUGAUUAAUCCCGAAUCUUUAACCAAGGCUAAGGAAAUAAUUGAAGACUCCAUCAAACAAGGAGCCAAAAUUAUCCUCGAUGGUAGAAACUUUAAACACGAAGAUUCGAAGUUCCAUAAGGGUAAUUUCUUGGGCCCAACCAUUUUAACCAACGUCAAGCCUGGCAUUAGAGCUUAUGAUGAAGAAAUUUUUGCCCCUGUCUUAUCAGUUGUUAAUGUUGAUACUUUUGACGAAGCUAUAAGCUUGGUAAAUGCCAACAAGUACGGUAAUGGAGUCUCGCUUUUCACAACGUCAGGACCAUCUGCACAAAAAUUCACCAAAAAUAUUGCUUGCGGUCAAGUUGGUGUCAAUGUCCCAAUCCCAGUUCCAUUACCAAUGUUCUCCUUCACAGGUAAUAAGGGCUCAUUUUUAGGUGAUUUGAACUUCUACGGAAAGGCAGGAAUCACGUUCUUGACUCAACCAAAAACGAUCACAAGCUUGUGGAGAACCACCGCAUUCGAGGAUGUGUUGAAGCCUUCAACUUCAAUGCCAACUCAUGAUUAA